UUACAUCUGGCAUCUGUUUAUAUUUGAGGAGCACAUCAUCAACUUGAUAUUUAGGGACAAACCUUUUGGAUUUGGUUUAAGGAUCAUCUAAGUGAUAUUUCUCGUCAUGAGUCUGGAAAAGCUACCAGCGAUCAGAGGCCUGGGAUCCACGUCUCACGGCAAACAUCGGUUUAAGAGUGACCUGUCGGUGGACAUGAUCAGUUCACCACUCGGUGACGUCCACCACACGAUGCACGUAGGCCGCGGUGGGGAUGUGUUCGGUGACACUUCGUUUCUGAGCAACUACGGCGGAUCAAGUAACAGCGAUGGCCUAUGGUUCCCGGAUUCACUCUCUGGCUCCAAACCGACACGUUUUUUGUCGAGAACGUUACAGCACAUACGAAAGACUCCGCUGCCCCGGUUCAGAGGAGGGUCACAUGACUUCUCGUCCCCUCCGCCGCCCAUCGUUAAAAACGCCAUCUCUCUGCCUCAACUCAACAUGAGGAACGAUGGCCUGAUGAGGGCGCUGAUGCCCUCCUCCACCAGCUCAACGGACGAGCUGCUCUGCUCCUACGGUCUUCAUUCUGGUUUCCUCACACUGCCUCGUUUAUCCCGACUUGACCAAAGCUUUGCAGAAACGUCUGAAUUGCUCAGUGAAGACAGUCGACGGAGUUCUUUACCGGAGAACAGCGAGGUCUUGAUGACGCGAUCUGAUUCGCUCUCGUCCUUCACGGUGGACCUUGGCCCCUCCCUCAUGAGCGAGGUUCUGGAGUUGAUUGACAGCUCCUGCUGUCUCAUUAAAAGCCAUCAAGAUCCGGAGAUUGAGGAAGAAGAACAGCAGAGCUCUGUCUUUGAGACAGAUCAUACAUUUCAGACAAGAGAUGCUUCAGUCAGGCGUCCAAUUGGACCAGACGUCACUACCGAGCCCAGGAGUUUCAAGCAGGCUGCUAGCAUGCUAGCACGUAACUUUGGAGGAGGAAGACCUGAAGAGACACACCAGGACAACGUACAGCUUCACUGAGACAGAGGAAGAAAUUAAAGUAUGAACAGCAGAGCAAAUAGUGUUGUGUGUUCCAGGUUUAUUAUCAAGUGUUAAUAAGAGUGAUUGCCUGAGGGAAGAAACUGUUCCUGUGCCUGGCCAUUCUGGUGCUCAGAGCUCUGUAGCGUCAACCAGACGAGA